CUCUCCACGUCACGGAGGUGUAAUAUUGCCGUCAGUGUAAGACAAGGUGCUACCUCAGUGCGAUUUCAGAUCCAUUGUACACUUCCAGAAAUCCGUAUGUAGGUAACAAUAACUCGUAUGACCACAAAGCGAAGAUAUACUGAGCUCUUGGUCCACGGAGCGGCGUCACUGGGAAUCCGCUGAAGAUGGGUGAAUCAGGCUCACGCCGUUCCACACUUGUGUCCCGCCUGCCAAUCUUUCGCCGCAGCAGCAGCAAGAGGCAGGAUUCUCUCCCCUCCUCUCCAUCGUCAGGCGGACAGGGAAAUGGCGUCCACACAUCUUCGCCCUCCAGCACCAACUCCAGUUCCGGCAGUACCGGGAAACGCCGGAGCCUUUUCCGUACUCCAUCUCUCAGCUUCUCAGCUAAACGCAACAGUGAGCCCCGUGUCCAGCCUAUCAAUCUAAACCUCACGCCUCCGCUGACACAGAGCACUGAUGCUAAUGGAAAUAACCAGCAGACGAUUGCAAUGUCAUCGUCAACAGGGUUCAGUGAAGGUGGUGGACGGCCGAAGUCACGCCAUUCAUUUGGUUUUGGCAGCCACAAGCAAAAGAAAAUCACCCGUUCUCAGACUGAGGAUUUUGAAAAAGGAUCCUCUUCCUCCUCCACAGCCAAUCGAAAUGUAUUUAUAAACUGCAUCAGUGGCUCAGGGGCCAAUGAGGGCGACGACUCUGGGUUCCUUGAUGAUUACAGUGGUGGCAGUAAUAACAACAAACGGUCGUCGCGGAAGAAACAACUGCUGCCCAAAUCUUUUUCGGCGCACCACCGCUUCUCCCGGACCUCCGAUCACCACAGACCUCCAGAAGUGAAUCUGGAACCUCCUAGCUCCACCACCAUCACUCCCGGGACAGGAGAGCUCACCCCGGGGUCAUGGCCAGGUGAGCUGCUUGGUGCCGGUGGGGAGAGCUCACUCCAGUCCCCCAUGAUAUCAGAGGAUAGAACAACAGCCAUCACCCCUUCAGAGUUCAUCCCCAUCACAGAGGAUUCUGUAUCUGAAGUGGAUGCCCUGCCAGCUCCCAGCCCCGGAUCAGGCUUAGCCCCAGAAUCUGCCUGUGUGCCUGGGCUGGCUAUUGACACAGCUCCACCUGAACCACCACCUGCUCCAGAGAACUUCAGUGUGGCUGUCUCUACCUCCCAGGUUUUCUUCACUCCAGCCCAGUCCAGCACUGAAAAACCUCUACUCCCUGACACCAGCACAGCCAACAACACAGACUAUGAGACUGCCAUCUCCCUCUCAGAGCCAGAGACGGCUGUACCCUGCCUACCUGUGCAGGAACAAUCACUGGAAGAGAGGAAGGAGAGGGAGGAAGAGAGAAAGGAAGCGAGGGAUAAGGUGUCUGCAGCAGAGAGGAAGAAGUUGGUGGAGGAGAGGAAGGCAGGCUACCACACCGAGACCACAAGUGAGAGUGAGGCAUGUGUAGUACGCAGUGAGGGCUGUCACUCUAACCCAGAGCAAUCAGAAAGGAGGGCGAGAAACACGCGCUCUAUUCAAGAAAGAGGAAGCUUCUGUGGCUGCCACGAACCAAGGUCCUCUCACUUGAGGAAACCACAUGCAGCCUCUGUGUGUAGCAGUGUCAGCCCAUAUCAUGAGGUGAUGCGGAUGGAAAGGCGUCUUCGCUCCUCGUCUGAGGGGGCUGGUGGGCCUCGUAUCCAUGGAAACCACAGAGAUGCCCCAGGCAUGGAGGGAUGUGGUCUGCUUAAACACAGAAACAACUCCUCGUCAUCCAAACUGGGAAGUCUGGAUGUUUUAAACAACCUGGGUUCGUCAGAGCUGGAUGAAGAUGAUCUUAUGUUGGACCUGGACCUUUCUGAUGAUCAGAGACAUCGACAUGUGUCCAGAGAAGACUCCAGCCAGUCUUUGGCUUCCUGUCUUAACCUGCUGCCCUCCCCCAUGGACCCAACAGCAGAUCGCAUCCCAGGGAGGGAAAACAAUCAGAGGGAGCCCAGCCGUCCGACCAGCCUGCUGCCUGCCGACUGGAGCUCAGGCCUGGGCUUGGGGAGGGAAGAUGAGCCCUUACCUCCAGGGCUGGAGGCCCUUCCACUCCGACUGAUGCAGCAGGACUGCACUGCUGUCAAAACUCUGCUUUUAAGAUUGAGACGGACACUGCAGGAGAGCACAGAGACGAGUCCUGCCAGCAGCCUCCAGUCUCUACCCAUAAGCCCCUGCAGUGAAAAGUCUCUUCCAUUUAAGGAUCCUGGAAGAGAGGAGGCCUUGCUGCAACAAUUGAGAGAGAAAGACGAGCUGAUCCUGAGACUCCACAGUGAACUGGAGAGUGCCAAAGCUGCCCUGAAGAUGAAAGACUGCCAAAUGACUGACCGCGCUACACAGACAGAACACAUGGGGCCAGAGACCAGUCAUCCAGGCCGGUGGUCAGGACAAGGCAGCAGCAGCAGCAGCCUGGUUUCAAGGGAGCGAAGGGUAGCGCGGGGUUCGGGGGCAGCGCUCGUAGGGGACCUCUGUAACCAGCACCUCCCCCACCACUAUCCCCCUCUGCAUGGCCGCCCUCCUGCGUCUGAACGACACACUGCCAGGGAGGAGCGCCACUGCCAAGGGGUCCUGGCCCCGCCCACAGCCCGCAACCCUGCUCCAAAUCUGACUCAAGGCUCCUCCAACCCGUCCUUUGCCACUUCUGCAGUGCCAGCCCAAGCCUCCCUUACUACUCCAGCCCAGAUUCAAGUUUCACACCCGGGCCUUAAUCCAAAUCAAUGCCCGGGCUCCGGUUCAGCCGCUGCUAAUCACACUGCAAUUCCAUCUCUGUCCCCCAGGCAGCCAGAGGGGGUGUCCUCCUCUUCUGAGUCCUUAACUCCAGGAGGAGGAGGAGGAGGAGGGGGUGGAGUUAGUCUGCCAGGUGGGGCGAGGAGGGGAGGAGGAGAGCACCAUCCCCCUAGCCAUAUCCCUCGUGCAGUCGGGGCCAGCACCUCCUCAAGCCUCCACAGUCUUGCAAGCAGAGGGAGCCCCUCCCAGAGCGUCUCAUCGUCCAUCCAAGCCUCCCCUCCACCUCCUACUCCUUCCCCAGCCUCCUCUUCCUCCUCCUCUUCCUCCUCUAUGUUUACAGGUCGCUUAGGACAACCACCUCGAGGCCCUCUGUCUCUGCAUAGCUACACUCGUAAAAAUGUCUUCCUCCAGCAUUCCCUACAGACUGCUGAACUGCAAGCUCUGACACAGAGAGACAGUUGAGGGCACACAAACAUUUCCACCAUCAAUUUUGACUUGAGCAACAAUAUGUGUGACUUUAUAGAAAAACUGCUGCUCCUUCACUCCUUGUGUCCCAAUUCUCCCUGAAUCAUCAACCAUGCGCGCUUACAAUCAUGCUUGUCUAUCUUUACAAUCCAGACCAACCCUGUGCUGACAUUUUGUUCUUAGAUUUACUCGUUUAAACACACUUGUAUGCAAGGUCACACACACACAGACACACACACACACACACACACACACACACACACACACACACACACACAGAUAUCAGGCUGUGAGUAUGAGAAAGGCACUCACCCGUCUGUCAGAACUCCCACGUUGUGUCAUGCUGACAGUUUAGAUGUGCUUACGCCCACAGACACACAAAGUGCACAGAGACUCACAACCUCAUACUCAUGCGCACAUAUACACAUCUAGUCACACACACACAUUUAGCUACACACACUCACACAGAGAGAUCAUCUGUGAUAUCUCUGCCUUACAAUCUGCACAAAUAACAGGGCGUUAAAACUGAGAGCAGAGAUGAGGUUUGUAUUUGUGUUGUUAAAGAUUUAUUUUUUAUCCAUUAUUUGAUCAUUUUUAAAAAAGUUUAACCAUGUGCUGCAUAAUGAACUAUGGGACUGAGCAUUAUUUGUGCUGGUAAGGAUUUAUUCUCACAUUGCCAAAUCCUACAUCAACUUCUCAUUCCUCGAUGUCCGCCAACAGAAGUCAAGAUGAAAAGACAAAUGUCCACCCUUUUACUGCAUGCUUUUUAAAAUUUAAGGAAAAUACAGGUGAGCAUUUUGUACUGCAACAAAAGCAGCAUCUGGGUGACUUUUAAAGUCUUUUGAUAACAUUUCAGUAUCUACUCUCACCCCAGUGUUUCAAGAAGGGAACCAAACAUGCCAAAACCUCCAAGACAUGAGCCUGUAGAGUGUUUUGAGAUGUAAAUCUUAAUCAUUCUGCUCAUAUUAAUAAGGCAUUAGAAGUACUUUUGGCUUAAAACUGGACCACUGUUUUUUUAGAAAUGCAAUGUUGCAAUAUUAUCCGCAUUAUAUACGAUAUAAGAGUCAAUGUGUAUCUGCAAUGUUAGAUUAGUACAGUACAGAAAUGAAGUGUUUCAUUCUAAAACAAAUUACUUAUAAUGGAAAAAUGACACUAACUAUCUCUACUGAACCCUCAGCUAAUAAAAUCAAAACAUAUUAGACUAUGACAUCAAGCAGAAUAGGAUUUUAACGAUCUGGCACAACCAGCAUUAUGUAUUUUAUCCAAAACGGGGGGGGAAGUAUCAGGUUUUGGAAUGAAGCCCUUCAGAUCUUCUUUAGGGCUGGGCAUCGACGGGGGAAACCUACUGGUGCUUUGCUAAAUUACAGAAUCAAUACCCAUUUUCAGGAUUUGAAAGGAAAAAUGUUUAAAAUAAUGGCUUUACAGUUGACACAUUUUUUUCAAUGACAGUUUUACCGAGGCAUCAGUUGAGUGGAGUCUAAUUCUGUCUAGGGAAUUAAGUAACAGAAAAAAAUAUUACACAGAAAGAUGUUUACUCAAUGAAAUAAGAAGAAAGAAACAAAAAAACAUGAUUUUAUAAAUUUGGAAACGCAUCAGAAGUUUUCCACUGAUACCCAGUCCUUAAAUACUAGCCUUCUUUUAUCUUUCUCAUCUCAGAUGUGUUGGUUAUCUUUUAAAAAAACAACCUAAUUAGAUUGCAUUUGGUAUAACAAGGCUAGCAGUUGUUUCUGCACAGUAGGACACUCUUUGAGUGAGUUUAACAUUUUCUGUAACUGCCAUGACCUGCUGAGUCGUACAACAUCCUUCACACUUUGGAGAAAAAACAUGCCACAAUUUGAUAAGUGAGAAAAGCUACCUUUUUUAAAUCUGUGAACAACCUCUUUAAUCUGCCAGUGAUGAAUAUAUUUGCUCUGCUGAAUUGAAUAGACUGUCGAACAGCCCUUUUUUCUACACAGCCUGUGAGGUAAACAAAUCUUAUAAUGUCAACCAGGAGGUGGGAGCCUGUGCUGCUGCUAAGUACAGGCCAGAAGUUCAACGCUCCCAGCGUCUACAGAAAAUGUUAGAUUUUGGAGAAGUUGUUGAACUUGUCUGUCUCUAAGCGGCACCUGGCUGUAGGGAGGUUGUAUAAAUUGUGUGUGUGUGUGUUGUAAUGCACACCUCAUGAGGCAAGGACCUGAUAGAGGUGAAGACAAGCCUGAAGGUAGACAGUUGUGCUCCCACUGGUGGAAACGCCUUCUCUCCCUCUGGUCUGCUUCAUUUGCACACUAUUUCCUCUUUUUUUUUAUCCACCCUGUUUCAUCUCUUUCUGUUCUUAUUUCUUUCUCCGUCCUAUGUUCUGCUUUUUCCACCUAUCCACUCCUUAUUCCCCUUCAGCCUCUCCCUAUACAUUUCCCCCAGCAUCCCACUGUACUGCAUGCAAACUCAGUAGCUCCUUUUGUUGCUGUCCUCUUUUUUUCAAUCCGUUAUCUUCCUUCCCCUACUAUCAUGUCCCAAGUCUCUCGUUCACUCCAUCUCUCUCCCCUGAUUUUCUCCAAGCUUGUAUUGUCAUACAGUGUAUCUGUAACAGACUGUGUUGCAGCGGCUCUCAGUCCUGGGCAUUGGGGCCUGUUUUUCAUUCCAGCUGUCUAAUCAGGGAGUCAUUUUACACCUGGUGAAUGCAAUUAACUACCCGGUAGUGUAGACGGCCAGCAGUAAUGUGGCUCCGGAGGACCUGGACUGAGAACUGCAGCUGCAAUACGAACAAAACAUUCCCUGCCUUGUUUGUUUACAUGUGGAGGGUGACAAUGCUGUGUCGCUGGCUGACCUCUUGAGAUAUACACAUCCCUCGUCAAUGCGCACACAAUAAUGGCACUAUGUGAAAUGUCAUAAGGGGGCUUAAUUUUCAUUUGCACUGCCCACUCACAUUUUAAAUCUUUCCUAACAGCUGUGCUUGUUUCAGCUGUGUUUAAAUUGCCACUAAGAUCAUCAUGAAAGGAAAAAAAAACACAUCUGAGAUGGCAAUUCAAAUGUGGCACUGAGGUCUUAUAAAGACAUUUCCCCCGUGUUUUAGUAAGAAUUAACUGAUAUUGAAUUUCACUGUUGGGAAACAAGGGUCUAUAAUCAUGAAGUGGGCACACCUCACAAACCUCAAUUCUUCAUUUUACUUAGCAGCAUGUUGUGCAUUUGAGAUGCUACAUUUCAUAUGUUGGGAAGUUAUUUAUUGUUUUCUGCCUUAUUUAUAUUUAUUGCCAUAGAGACAGUUUCCUGAAAGCACCUUGGCACUCAUUAACAAAUUAAGAUAGGGGUCACAAGAUGACAAUUCUAAUGAUUAUGUUGUUAUUAUUAUGAUUUUAAUGAAUCACAUAUAUAAUACUGUCCUAGCUUUUUAAUGUGCUUACUGUAAUCAAGUUUUUUUUCUUUUUGAAUUGCUGUAAUUAUGAAAUGGAGCUGUAUAAUUGUACAUAAAUUAUUAUAAAUGUUUGCAGUUCAUGGACACGAACGUCUCGUGCUCAUGUAAAUGGCAUUUAAGAGUAGGGUUCACAUACAUUGUUUGUUGGUACAUCACGGAUAGGAACACAACAGAAAAGGUGAAUUUCUUUCAUUAAUAGAUGUGAAAUACAGUCGGAGGUCUGAGCUGUUACCAAAGUGUUUCAAGCUAUAGUUACACAUCAGAAAACUAAGCUGACAAACUUUAAGUGUUAGUUUGGUUUUUUGAAGUGGGGUUGCAUGAGGUAGUAAUCCAUAGUCAGUGUACUACCCCCAGUAGACGAUUAGCACACCCCUAAUUUGGAGAAGCAGGCAGGAGUACCGACAUGGAAGCUAAGCAAUUUGCAGCUAAGGACAGGGGGUGCAGUAAAAUUUAUUUAAACCCACUAAAGAAAAACCCCACCUAAAUAAAUUAAUAUCAGAUUAAGUGUAUUCCAUAUUAAGUAUAUUUUCACCACUUUUACCUUUCUGUCAGACAAGUUGAUGUGGGGGAACUGAAGUUGUUCUCCAUGUCUUUGAUAAAGUGACCAGACUCCAUUGACAAAAACAGUACUUUUAUCUUGCUGAAGACAAGACUUACUGUUCUGCCACUGCCUCAGUUAUUUGUUUGUGUUAUUAUUUGACUCUAGUGGUAGGUUUAGUGGUAGACUCUGGUGUUCUGUGAGAUAAAAUUACAGUUUUUUUCAAUGGAGUCUGGUCACUUUGAUGAGAACAUGGAGAACAGCUUCAGUUUCGCCACGUCAACUGAAAUGGCUGUAUGACAGCACGGUAAAUGGUGAAAAUAUUCUUAAUUUAGCAUACACUUAAACUCAUAUUAAUUUAUUUAGGUGGCUUAAAUACAUAUCACUGCUACCCCUGUCCUUAGUUGUACUUAGCUGUGCGUGCCUGUCUUCCUAUCUGCUCCCCCCACCUGAGGGCAUGUUUAAUGCAGUGUACUGUAGGUAGUACUUUAAGUAUGGACAAGUACCUCAUACAGCCCUACUUCAGUAAAUCAGAACUUUCCCUUUAAUACAUUCCAUGUUAAAUUUAGACCCUAUGCUAAAUUUUUCAUGUAAAGACCAGUUGACUUGCUCAUAGGUGUAGGGUCACUGAUUCACCUCUCCCCCUCUCUGAAAUCCAGCCUUUGCACUAUGACUAUUUCUGCUUGAGAUGACUUUGCAAGACAUGACUUUGCAAACUUUUGCCUAACUGUGUCAGAGUGGAUCAUCAAGUCAAGUGGAUGAUGAUCUAUUAAAAGCUGCUUUUUCAGUUCAGGAUGAAGUCUGUGUCUAUGUAUAUAAAACUGUUGGGUAGAGUCAUACUGUGAGCCUCUGACCAGUUAGCCCAGAAAUACAUAAGGGAUAAUCAAAAUAAUGAAAUAUUUCUUCAUAAUCGUUAUUCACUUUACAUGGUCGUUCUGAACAGUUUUGAAAUUGUAUCUAUCAAGAACUGUUUGAUGGGCUUAUUGAAGGUCAGAAAACCUUGCAGUGUGUGUUUACUCAAAGUAUUUCUCUGAAAGUUUCAGUCCAACAUAGUUUUUUUUGUCACUUUCACAGUUUGUUCACAUGAGAAAUGUUUUAUCAAAAGAUUUUUGUCCACUGUCUCCUUAUUGUUAAUAUUUAAUAAAAAUGAAAUUGAUGAAAACA